GCACCGCCCGCUCUCUUUCUCUUUCUACCUUUUUCUCUCUCUCGCUCCCUUUUUUUCCUCUCUCUCCUUCUCUCUUUGGCUCACAGAAGGUUCCCAGGCUCCUGGUCCGUCCGUCUGUCCUUCUGCCCGUCCGCCUGACCGUCCGACGAUCCCACUGAAGCUCCAGCACCAAUCGGGACACAGACUCUCACAAAGCUGCCGAGAUGGCGAUGAACAGCAUUCUCAAAGCUGCCGAUAUCAAGAAAGCCCUAGACGCAUUCGCAGCGGCUGACUCGUUUGACCAUAAGAAGUUCUUUGAGAUGGUGGGUCUGAAGGCCAAGUCAGCUGAGGAUGUGAAGAAAGCCUUCCUGGUGCUGGACGCUGAUGCCAGCGGAUUCAUAGAGGAGGAGGAGCUCAAGUUCGUACUGAAGGGAUUUGCCUCAGACGGCAGGGACCUGACCGACAAAGAAACCAAAGCGUUCUUAAACGAAGCCGACAAGGACGGAGACGGCAUGAUCGGCAUCGACGAGUUCGUUGCCCUGGUGCACGAGUAAUAGACACAUCCCUAAACCGACUAGCGCUCCACCACCCGGCCCCGAUAUUCCCCCUCUCCCAGUCUGCAGCAUCCCCCCCCCCCACCUGCCCUCACUGACACCCAGCUCUCUCCCACUCAAGCGCACUACUACUACUACUACUGCACUGGAGGAAUGGGGUCGUGGCUCCCGCCCCCCACCCCGCUAACUACCCCUCUCCACCACUCCCACCCACAACCUAUUUAUUUUUUCCUUUUUAUACAAAACGUAUGUGUUUCUGUUUAUGUAUAGUUAUCAGACCGCCUGGAAGGCCAAUAACCUCAAGUUAAAAUAAUAAUGUAGAUAUUUCAAAAUGAGAGAAAGUCAUUUUACUUCACCCCCCUUUUACUCUGUCCCUCUUCCCCCACUCUUUAUCUUUAUCUGUCCCUUGUUUCUGUCUCUUUCUAUCUCUAUUUCAACUUUCUGGCACUGCUCCUUUCCUUUCCUCCCCUCUCUCCUUCGGUAAUGAGCUGUUGUAAAAACACACCAAAAGAUGAAGCUGUGAACGAACAAACUAAAAUAAAUAAAAAAAUGCAUCAAGAA